CGAAAGGUUCAGCUUCAAUGCCACGGCCGCCCAGCCGCAGUACUUCAAGUACAAGUUCCCCGAGGAAGUGGAUUCGGUGAUCGUGAAGGUGACCUCAGCCAUGGCCUUCCCCUGCUCCGUCAUCUCCAUCCAGGACAUCCUGUGCCCCGUCUACGACCUGGACAACAACGUGGCCUUCAUCGGGAUGUACCAGACCAUGACGAAGAAGGCGGCCAUCACGGUGCAGAAGAAGGAUUUCCCCAGCCAUAGCUUCUAUGUGGUGGUGGUGGUGAAGACAGAGGACGAGGCGUGUGGGGGGGCUCUGCCCUAUUAUCCCCUCUCCAAGAAUGCCUCUCCAGAUGAGCCCGUGGAUCAGCACAACCGGCAGAAGACACUGGAGGUGAUGGUGUCACCUGCCAUAACCUCCGAGGCCUACGUGCGCAGUGUUCUCUUCUGCCUCGGCAUCUUCCUCUCCUUCUACAUCCUCACGCUGCUCAUCGCCUGCUGGGAGAGCUGCCGGCAGCACAAGAAGAAGGGGCUCCUGGCAGCCAUGGAUUCACCCAGCCUGGACACAGCAUCGCUCCUGGGUCACUCCCGCAGCAUCCCCAGCUCCUUCCUGAACCACGGCCCCUACGACAGCUACGGCUACGGCUCCUUCGGGAACGGUUCCUCCAGCAGCACCGAGGGCAUCACAGACAGCCUGGGCUCAGCAGAAGUCUCCUACAGUUACGUGGGGGAGCGGUCACUGGAGAACGUGGCCAGCCGGCCGCGCCUGGACUCGCUCAGCUCUGUCGAGGAGGAUGACUACGACACGCUGGCCGACAUCGACUACGACAAGAAUGUCAUCCGCACCAAGCAAUACCUGUGCGUGGCCGACCUGGCGCGCAAGGACAAGCGGGUGCUGCGGAAGAAGUACCAGAUUUAUUUCUGGAACAUCGCCACCAUCGCUGUCUUCUACGCGCUCCCCGUCAUCCAGCUCGUCAUCACCUACCAGACGGUGGUGAACGUCACUGGCAACCAGGACAUCUGCUACUACAACUUCUUGUGCGCCCACCCACUGGGGAACCUCAGCGCCUUCAACAACAUCCUCAGCAACCUGGGCUACGUCCUGCUGGGUCUGCUCUUCCUGCUGAUCAUCCUGCAGCGCGAGAUCAACUACAACCGCGCGCUCCUGCGCAACGACACCCACGCCCUGGAGUGUGGCAUCCCCAAGCACUUUGGGCUCUUCUAUGCCAUGGGCACCGCCCUCAUGAUGGAGGGGCUGCUCAGCGCCUGCUACCACGUCUGCCCCAACUACACCAACUUCCAGUUCGACACCUCCUUCAUGUACAUGAUCGCGGGGCUCUGCAUGCUCAAGCUCUACCAGAAGCGUCACCCGGACAUCAACGCCAGCGCCUACAGCGCCUACGCCUGCCUGGCCCUCGUCAUCUUCUUCUCCGUGGUGGGCGUGGUGUUUGGGAAGGGGAACACAGCUUUCUGGAUCGUCUUCUCCGUCAUCCACAUCGUGGCCACGCUGCUGCUGAGCACCCAGCUGUACUACAUGGGGCGCUGGAAGCUGGACUCGGGCAUCCUGCGCAGGAUCCUGCACGUGCUGUACACGGACUGCGUCCGGCAGUGCAGCGGGCCCAUGUAUGUGGACCGAAUGGUGCUCCUGGUCAUGGGGAACAUCAUCAACUGGUCGCUCGCUGCCUACGGCCUCAUUGUCCGCCCCAAUGAUUUUGCUUCCUACCUGCUGGCCAUCGGCAUCUGCAACCUCCUCCUCUACUUCGCCUUCUACAUUAUCAUGAAGCUCCGCAGUGGCGAGCGCAUCAAGCUCAUCCCUCUGCUCUGCAUCAUCAGCACCUCCGUGGUCUGGGGCUUCGCCCUCUUCUUCUUCUUCCAGGGGCUCAGCACCUGGCAGAAAACGCCAGCUGAAUCCCGGGAGCACAACCGUGACUGCAUCCUGCUCGACUUCUUCGAUGACCACGACAUCUGGCAUUUCCUCUCCUCCAUCGCCAUGUUCGGCUCCUUCCUGGUGCUGCUGACGCUGGAUGAUGACCUGGACUGUGUCCAGCGGGACAAGAUCUACGUCUUCUAGGAGCCUGCAGCCACCCGCUGCCCUGGGACUGUGCCAAACAAGCCGGCUGCAGCCCCGGGAGGGGGACCCACCCCUGGGGAGGGAUGUCUGCGCUGCAGUUCCUGCCAGCCACUCCGUCCCCCUCCCCACACAGCCCGGGGGUCCUGGUUUGCCUCCUCCCCAUCAGCCGGGUCCUUCCAGGCACUUUGUGCCCAUCCCUGGGCCCGUCACAGCCAAAAAUGGGGCUGGGGGGCCAGCGGAGCAUCCGUCCUCGGUGGCAAGUGACACUGGAAAAGGUGCUGCUGCUGCUCCGUGUCCGUGUGCCCCUGGGCACAGUGGGGGGAUUGGGGCGAGCGCCGUGCCAGCAGCCCCGUGGCCCCCCGAGCACGUGGGUGUGGGUCUCUCUUCAGUGCCUGAGUCGAGUGGGUGGGAGGUGGGGGG